CUCACAUUUUCAAAUUUCAGAUAGAUCUUUUUAAUACUUCUUUAUUUUUCUCUUUUAAAACGAACAAACUAUGGCUGUAAAAAUACAUAAAGGUGACAUAAACAACAUUCCAGAGGGUGCAGUCAUAAUAUCUAAACAUAAAGCACUGGAUAUGCAAUGGAAUCUUAUGAAUAACUGGACCCCCACAAAAGAAGUGCUCUUCUUCAAAUUUGGACCAGGAAUAUUAGCAGCUACUUCAAUAAUAUCAUCUACACUAAUCAUGAAACAUUAUCGAAACAAACUCAAACUUUUAUCUAUAGGAAGGGCCUUAUUGUUUAUUCCUGGAGUUGUUUUUCCAUCAUUGAUGAUACCACCUUUUUAUGUGAAGGCAGUGACACAACCAAUACUGCUUCAGGACCAUUGCCCAAUAUGUAUUCAGAUGAGGAGUGUUACUAUCCAGUCAAUGGUAUCAAUUUCAUAUCCAAUUCUAGUAAGCUCAGUGGGAACACUUCUGAUGGCAAAUACUUAUGGAACUUACAGGAUACCUGAGUUUUCCUUUUUCUCCAUAAAAAAGAUUAGUGACAUGUUAUCAUUUUGGAGAAAGAUUAGUAAAAGACUGUUUAGUAACCUACCAAUGCACUUCCUCCUGCAAUUUAUAGUGGCAAUCUUCAUAACAGAGAUGACAGCAAAAGAAGUGUUUAAGGUCCAGGCUGAGGUUGAAUUUAGAAACCCAUCUUCCUCUUUGUAUAAUAAAUGAUCCAUUUUAUGUAUAUUUAUGUAAAUAUGUACAUACUCUUUAUGCUUUCCCACAAAUAAUACUUAGCUAAAAUAAUGAUGAAAUGUUUCUAGAUAUUUAUUAAUUGAAAGAAUCAAGUAUAUUGAGUUCAUAGUUAUUUGUAGAUUUUUAAAUAAUGUAUUUAUUGACU